AUGAAAUUGGAAUAUUUCAGUGAUGCUGAAACUAUAGGAAACAGAAUUUCUCCUUUUAAAGAAAUAUUUUCGAAAAAUUGUAUCAAAUAUUUACACAGAUCCCUAAAUUCAAACCAAAAUCUACAAUUUCAGCCUCUAAUAAACAAAGAUAUCAUACUUAAUUCGGAAUUUAAGACUUUCCAAGAUCGAGAAGUUUAUUCUACCUAUGUUAUAACACUUUCCAAUACAAUAUUCCAAAAUAUUACUGAAGAAAAUGUUGCUGGUGGAGCCAUUUAUGCUACCAGUCCAUUAAUUUUAGAAAAUGUUUUAUUUCAAUCUUGUAAAGCUUUACGUGGUGGAGCCAUUGUAUGUUCAUCUAACUUAUCUAUUAACUCCUGCUCAUUUAUACAAUGUUCUGCUACUGCAUCUAAAGGAUCCAUUGAAUUAAGAACAAAAGCUGUUGUUAACUUUGAUUUCAAUAGCUCUGUUAUUCAUAAAUCCACUUCUCGUAACCAUGGUGGUAUUAUGAGAAACUCCAAAGGAAUUUUCAAUAUGUUUGAUUCAAAUCACACAACAGUACGAGCAAAUGACUGUGUUGGAGACACAGAGAUACAGAAUGGGUUUGUAUACAUUACUCAUGUAGUAUUUCAUAAUAUAAGUGCUGCAAUGCAUCACGGAUGUCUUGUUUUAACUUAUUCAGUUAAUUUCGAAGUAACAGAUUGUAUAUUCAUGAGAUGCAGUCAAGGAUCAGUUAUAACUUCAACAAGUGCUGCAAUAACAGUUGAUUUUAAUCGUCAGUUUGGAAAAAUUUCGGAUUGUUUAUUUUAUUAUUGUAAUGCUGCUCAAGGUAAAACAGUUAAUGCAGGAACACAUGCUAAGAUGUUUAAUUGCAAGUUUUCCGGUACAAAAGAUAAAGAAGUAGGAGAAAACGUAAAUCAUGUUGAUUGCGAGUUCAAUGCUAAAUUUACACUAUUUAUAAUUACAGGUAUAGGUUUUAAGCAAGAUCCUUCUUAUGUAAGACCAAUGCAUGAUAAAAAUGUUGAAAAUUUGAUAAUAAUCUUGAAAUCUCUUGGAUGUGCAAUUGUAACAGGCAUAUUAUUCACAACCCUGCAUAAAAAGAUUAUCCAUUGGAUACAUGCUUCAAGAGCCAUCAAAGGAACAAAUUUAGUUUAG